AUGGCGGAAUCCAAAUCGAAGGCGCCGCUCACAACACAGACCAACCCGCGCGGAAUCCCCGUGGCUCCCUUCAUCGACAAUGUCUCGGACUACGUUUCCUCGCGCGAUGAGGUCGAGCCGACCCUCCGCUCGUUCCAGGAGAUGAUUUCCAAGUACCAGUUCAUGGAGGUGAACACCCAGCGCCGCGGCACGGGACUGCGCGAGAAGAUUCCCGAUAUUAAGAAGACAUUGGAGAUGGUGCGGUUCUUGAAACUGCGCAAGGAGGCCAACCCCGACGCCGACCUCGAAACCAACUUCGAACUCAAUGAUACCCUCUACUCUCGCGCCUUGAUCUCUCCGAAAGACAUGGAAGAAGUGUACCUCUGGCUCGGCGCGAAUGUCAUGCUCGCGUACCCGCUGGACGAGGCCGAGACCAUGCUGGAUGAGAAGUUGACUGCUGCCGAGGCGAGCUUGCGGAAUUGCGAGGAGGACCUGGAGUUCUUGCGUGAGCAAAUUACGACUCUGGAGGUUGCUACGGCUCGUGUGUAUAACUGGGAUGUCGUGCAACGACGGAAAGACAAGGCCGAGGGCAAGGGCGGAGAAGAGGAGAAGGCUUAA